AUGAUACGAACUACCAGCAUAUGGAGAGGGGCAGUUGGCAGCAGUAUCACCAUGUUUCAUGGUUGGCCGUGGAGCAGAAAUGUCUCUACAUCACGACCUAUGCCCGCAAAACGAACUAUAAGUUUCCCGCUAAGCAUAAAGUCAAUCCCGAAAGUGAUGGAAAGGAAGGUGGUUUGCCCGGCUAAUAUCAGUCGAAAACCAAAUCCACAUCCGUAUAGAGCGCAAACGAUACCAAAUACCUUCAGCAUGCUCAAUGCACGGAGCAUCGCAAGUGAUAAUAACCAUAAGACUCGGUCUAGGCGGUUGGAGCAAAAAGAGGCGCUGACAUGGCAACAAAAAAUAUCCCCAUACGCAAAACUGAUGCGUAUCGACAGACCCAUCGGUUCGUGGUUACUUUUUUGGCCCUGCGGAUGGAGUAUAGCGCUCAGUGCCCCAGCGGGAUGUUGGCCGGAUCCGAUGAUGCUUGGUUUGUUUGGAGUAGGAGCGUUCAUUAUGCGUGGCGCCGGAUGCACGAUUAACGAUCUGUGGGAUCGUGAUAUAGAUGCAAAAGUGGAACGUACCCGAAAUCGACCACUUGUAGCAGGAGAAAUAGCCCCAUUUGACGCGUUAGUGUUCCUGUCGGGUCAACUGGGUGUAGGACUGUUUGUGUUGCUCCAGUUGAACUGGUACUCCAUUCUGCUGGGGGCCAGCUCAUUGGGACUAGUCAUCGUUUAUCCUUUGAUGAAACGUAUCACUUAUUGGCCGCAAUUGAUGCUCGGGGCUACCUUCAACUGGGGUGCUUUGCUUGGCUGGAGCGCUACGCAAGGAUCAGUCGAGUGGUCCGCCUGCUUGCCACUAUACAUCGCUGGAGUUUGCUGGACGAUCGUGUAUGACACUAUAUACGCACAUCAGGACAAAGUGGAUGAUUUGAUAAUAGGAAUCAAGUCAACAGCUCUACGGUUUGGAGAUGAUACGAAACUGUGGCUUAGCGGUUUUACGGCAGUUAUGCUGGCCAAUCUACUAACUGCUGGACUGGUGUGUGAUCAAACGUGGCCAUAUUAUACCUCGGUUGGGCUCAUUGGAGCCCACUUAGCUCAACAGAUUCACUCUCUAAACAUUGACAACCCAAAGGAUUGUGCCACUAAGUUCAUUUCAAAUCAUCAGGUAGGAUUUCUGCUAUUCCUUGGAAUCGUACUGGGCACGCUGUACAAAAAGAAUAGUGAUGAUCGAACAAAAAGUUCUACAACUACAACUGGUAGCAGCAGCAGUACCGGGGGCCAGUUAAGUGCAACGGUUACCAGUGCACGAAAUAUUGUAGUAUGA